GAUUGGAGGCUUCGUUCCGGCCGCGAAGUUCUCAUCUCUGUCAGGAGCCCGGUGGUGUACUCUUGCUGUCGACGCCUUCUCGGAGCAGAGACCAUGAAGUUACUAUGUGCCAUUCUCAGCAUAAACUGCCGUACAGUAGAGCUGGCAAUGCUGGCCGUAGCAGCAAUAAUUCUCGGCUUCAUCGCAUUCAAAUUGAUAGAACUUCUGCAUCACCUCUUUUAGUGUUCGACUUCGACGCCAUCCGCAACCUGAUCGUGGGCAGCGAGGCGAGGCCCCCGUUCCGGGUGCUCGUCGACAGCAUGCACGGCGUGACGGGGCCCUACUGCCGGCGCAUCUUCUCCGAGCUGCGGGGCGUGCCCCUCGAGAACGUGCGCAACAGCGAGCCGCUCGCCGACUUCGGCGGCAAGCACCCGGACCCGAACCUGACGUACGCCAAGGAGCUGGUGGACGAGAUGCGCACGGGGCCCUUCGACAUGGGCGCCGCCUUCGACGGAGACGGGGACCGCAACAUGAUCCUGGGCGGGGGCGCCUUCUUCGUGACGCCCUCGGACUCGCUGGCCGUGCUAGCGGACAACAUGCACGCCAUCCCGUACUUCCAGGCGACGGGCAUCCGGGGCCUGGCGCGCAGCAUGCCCACCGCGGGCGCCGUGGACCGGGUGGCCAAGGCCAAGGACCUGCCCAUGUACGAGACGCCCACCGGGUGGAAGUUCUUCGGCACCCUCAUGGACGCCGGACGCCUGUCGCUCUGCGGCGAGGAGAGCUUCGGCACCGGCUCCGACCACGUCCGGGAGAAGGACGGCGUGUGGGCCGCCCUGGCGUGGCUGUCGGUGCUGGCGCACAGCGGCAAGGGCGUCCAGGAAAUCUGCGAGGACCACUGGGCGCGCUACGGGCGCAACUACUUCACGCGCUACGACUACGAGGAGUGCGAGACCGGCGCCGCGCACCAGCUGAUGCAGCACAUUGAGGGCCGCAUGAACGACCCGGCCUUCAAGGGGCGCCGCUUCCUGUGCGACGGCCGCGUCUACACCGUGGCCAAGGCCGACGACUUCACGUACACCGACCCGAUCGACGGGUCCACUUCCAUCAAGCAGGGCCUGCGCAUCGUGUUCACCGACGGUUCCCGCAUUGUGUACCGCCUGAGCGGAACGGGCAGCCAGGGUGCCACCAUUCGGGUCUAUAUCGACAGCUACGAGCCGGACCCGCUCAAGUGCAAGGAGGACUCGCAGAAGAUGCUGCGUCCCCUGGUGGCCGUCGCCCUCCACAUCUCGGACAUGAAGAACUUCAUCGGCCGCACCAGGCCGACCGUGAUCACGUGAGCUGGGACCGGCGUCGCUCGCCGCCACAAACCCCCCCCCCCCCCCCCCCCACCACCGCCUCCCCGCUCGCCCGGCGCGGGGCGCAACUAGUCCCCGUUGCCAAGGCUGUACUGCGCAGAAGCUGCCAACAAAGGAAUGGGUCGAACGGCAUCUCACGACGCUGCGUGCAGAGCAGCGUACCCUCCGUGCCCGCUGCUCCGCCAACAUUUGAUUCUCCUCGAGGCAAUAAAACCCACUUAUUUGGA